CAAAAACUUGUAUUUUCCUUUCAAAAUCCAGGAAACUGUAUUUGAAAAUUUGAGUUCCAAAUUCCUACCAAAUCUCCCAAACCGAACCCAGUAGUAGCAACACAAUGCCGACGCAUGAAAUCCGGCGAGCAUACAAACGCCCAGCAAUCUCCGACCAACAAAAGAGAAGAGAACUCUCUCUUCUCCGCCAGCAACAAAGCCGCGUUGACGCUCAAUCCCAUGCUCGCCGCCUCGCUUCCACCCUUUUCUCUUUCAAUGAACCAACCCCCUCCACUUCCUCCGCCGUCGACGACGACAACGCUUUCGAUAUCGAUACUGAACCCGAAGAACAGGAGGAUUAUCCGAAUGCUCCUCAGCUUGAAAAUUUAAAGGAUGUUCGACAAGCCUCUAAGCUUCGUGGUCAAGAAUCUCGGCGUUGGUUUGCUCGUCAGUUGAUGCUUCCUGAGUGGAUGAUUGAUGUCCCUGAUCGCCUUUCUCAAGACUGGUUUGUAUUAGCUAGGCCGGCUGGGAAGCGAUGCUUUAUAGUUUCCACCAAUGGGACAACAAUUAGUAGACAACGUAAUGGCAUAGUGUUGCAUCAUUUUCCAUCUGCUCUACCUUGUGGAGCCAGAACGAGAGGGAAUUCUGGAUCUGGCCAGUCGUAUUGUAUACUUGAUUGCAUAUUCCAUGAGGUAGACCAGACUUACUAUGUGAUCGACAUGUUAUGCUGGGGAGGAUACUCUCUUUACGAUUGUAAUGCGGAGUUUAGGUUUUUUUGGUUGAAUUCCAAGCUUGCCGAAAGUGAUGCUUGUGGACCACCUUCACAAUAUCAUAGGUAUCGGUUUAGUCCAGUUCCUGUAUACAGCUGUGACCAUAGCGGACUGCUCUCAGCAUAUGCCGGACAAGUACCUUAUGUAAAAGAUGGUCUCUUAUUCUAUAACAAGCAUGCACACUAUCAACCAGGAAAUACACCACUGACGUUAGUCUGGAAGGAUGAAAAAUGUAGCCAAUAUGUUAUUGAUACAGAUAAUAAAGGCGAAGUGCCAAGCAAACAACAGGUGGUCUUAGAGCUACAAAAUGAUGGAAAGGUGAUUACUUCGGAUGAUCCUCCUGUUGUAUUUGGCUGUCUAGACCAGGACUUUCAACAAAAGUCAGGAUUAAGUCCAGGUAAUCUUCUGCGUUUUUCAAUGAAUGAUGGAGGAUUGACUUUCGUUGAUGGGAAAUUUGAGAAGGCUGAUUUACAAUUUCAAGAUAAGCCCAACCGUGCUCGCGCUUUUGCUGAUAGUUACUCAAAGGUUGUAUUUCAAUACAUGGCUCGUCGUUCUCCUCUUAAGAUUGAUGAUUUGCUAGGAUCCAUCAAUUCAAGAAGUGACCAAGAAAAUAAAGAUGUUGAGAUGUCAGGCUGAUUAUACUCCACACAAGACAACUAUAUCUUUCUUUAACUCGGCAAAAUAUUUUAACCUUUGCCUGGUUGGGAAAAAAGUUGAUGCAGCAAGUCAUUUUCUACCAUCAGAUAAGAAUAACGUGAAGGCUGCCUUGUGCAUACAUAAUGUGUGACCUUUGUUGGUUUGCCACUAGAGAUUUACUCUGGUUUGAGUAUGAUGAAUGAUGAUUAUCAAUAAUACUUAGAAGAUAAUUUUCACCACUAUCCUCGUUUGCUAUGCAGGAAGGUUCUGUGAUCCUUUUCCUUGACAUGUAAUGCUAAUUUUUUUUUGUUUUAGAGAAUAUAGAUGUCAAUUAAGUUUAACUAUAUUCAGGUUAUGAGUCAUUCCAUUUGUUUUCGGAGCGCUCAAGUCAUAUUCAGGUUAAUGUUAUAUUAUUAUAUUAAUGAUAUUAGUCAAUGCUUGUCAACUUGCUGGAGUUCACGAGUUCAAUUGUUUUGCAAGUAUAUUUUACGAGUAAUGUAUAUACUACUCCGUAGUAUUUAUGUCAAA